AUGCCGACGCCACUGAUGCUGACGGCACGAUCUCAGAAAAAUGUACUUCAACUGAUGAGCCAACUGGGAAACAUAGAGGACGAGUCGAGUGCUUGCGUUUGGGACACUGAGGCCUUCACCCUGCUUUGCAGCAUUACUCAGUCCCUACAGGGCCGUUGGAUAAACCUAGUGACUUUGGAUCUCAGCAAACUGGUGAUGCCCCUCAAGGAUCUACUCCAGCUCUUUCGCAUUCCAACCCCCGAUGGCGGAGGCUCCCCCUUCUUCUGCCUCCGCCAGCUCUCUGCUGUCUUCACCCAAGUCAGUUUUCCCACAGGAACUGGGGAAUCGAAGGUGGACACUGCAACCGAAGUCCAACCGCCUCCGGUUCUUGACUCAGCGGAACUCUGCUCCGUGCCCAAUGUGCAGAUGAACUGCACUUACCUGGGCGAGUUGAUGCACCUAGUUAGCCAUGUCAGCCGUCUUACACUACGUGAUCGGGACAGCUACGUGGCGCACCCCAACGAUUCUUGGUACACCUGGUACUGCCGGGGAAAAUUCCCUACCGUCUAUCCUAAUCUCACCGACCUCAAGGUGACUGUCUUUUCGGAGUUCCUCUCAGUUCUGACCCGGGCCAGGCCCGAAGGUCUAUCCGCCUGGUUUCCCCUCCUCAAGACACUCAAUUUGCAUGCACAUGGAAAUUACAUUUGUCGGAGGGAUCUGGAGAAGUACAGGGAAGCCUUAAAGGACAUUGAUGUGGUUGUAGAUAAGAAUGUGCGCUUUUUUGAUGGAGGACCACAAUGGGAACGCGUAACUCUCUGA